AUGAUUGAAGAACUAGUAGCCCAUCUCCUGACAGUAUUUACAGAUAUAGUAGCUGGCCUACAUAGAUCAGCAGCGCAUACACCAUCAAUAUUAGAUUAUCUAAAGUACUUCUUGAUCUUUUUUAUUCCUCCUUAUACUGCAGUGAUUGCAUAUGACCAUUACUUUCCCAUAUUUGAAGGAGUGAACUUGUAUUUAGUACUUGUUAUUGCAACCCCAGUCACAGUUGUCACUCCAGUAUUAGUAUUUGCAGUAUGUCGCUACUUUGGUGGACAGUGGUUGGUCAAUUGGCACCUUAGAAAGACAUCAAGAUACCUGAAUUUCUGUAGAUUGCCGCCUGACUACACCAAAUCACUGCUACCAAAUGAUACAGUCAAAUGGCAUUAUCAACUUGUUGGAAGUGCAGCAGAUCAUGGUUUUGGAUUUUUUCCUUUACCAUGCACAAAUUUUGGGAUAUUUCCUUGGCCAAAUACUUCACUUGUUCAAGAUGUGGAUAUCAAUGUAUUUUACAAGCCACUACUCAUAAGCUUAGAUAAUAUCAUUCCUACAUCUCCUGGAUAUUGUAAAAUCAUAAUGAAAGAAUCGACAUGUGACACAUUUCUGCAGGACUGUAUUGUCAAAUCUGGAUCUCAAGCUUUACUUUCUGGGAGAUUGAUUUCAGAAAAGAUAGGAAAAGAAUUUGCAGGAAGGGACAUCGAGUACAACUACCCUGCCAUAACAUUCAAAUCAAUGUUGGAUGGCCCUCGAGGCAAGUUCAGAUUUGACAGUGACGUUGUCUUUGGAGUCAAGAUUUUUGACAGUGAAGGAAUAGCCUGUGAUUGGUUUGAAAGAGUACAAAAAAUUUUCCCUUAUCAGCUUAUUAACAGUGUCAGGAGAGUAGGCUGUUAUCUAGUUCACAAACAUUGUUCAUUGCAUCAUUUAUCACAUGACUUUGACUGGAGGCUGACAUUUGCAGAAGCAGAGUCAAAGGUAUUUGAACAUCAUUCUGACAAGAGAGCAUUAAAAUUGUGCUAUGCUGUCAUCAAAUUUGCAGUCAAGCAAUUCAGCCAAGUAAAAAAGAAAAACUACCCAGCUCUCAAGUCAUAUCAUUUAAAGACAGUUAUUUUAUGGAUUGCAGAGCGAAGUGAAAAGCUUCCUUUUGAUAUGUAUACCAUUCAUAAUAACAAAACACUUGAAGGGUUAUUGUUGCACAUCAUAACAACGUAUAGGCAACAUAUUUAUGAUGGAUAUUUGCAACACUAUUUCAUAAGUGAUAUAAACGUUUUAGAGCCCUAUGGUGUUGACGAACGCACAGAAGCUAUGCACCUGUUAGAUGAGUUCAAAAUGAAGCCUUUAAGCAUUGUUUCAAAUUUUGAUAAUGCCAACCUCAGCCGUUGGAAGGUUGAUCAAUUUAUUAUCAUUGGUUUGCUUGCAGCAGUGGCAUGCCAAUGGAUCAGCUUUUAUUUCUCAAAUGUUGGUAAAAUUUUUACAGGAACAAGUGCUGUACGACAAAUAUUUGGGGUAUGUGCUGUAUUUGUUGUGAUAAUGAUUGUAAAAAUAAUUUUGGAUUAAUUUUUUAAAAUAACAUCAUUUUAACAUCAUUUUAAUAAGGUUUCUUUUUGGAAUGGUUUUUAGCAUUUAUGAGGUUGUUUGCAUCGCUGACAUUUGUGUAAUCAGCUUGUGUACUUCCCGGCCAAAUAUCACUAACAUGUAAAUUAUUAUGAUAAUUAAUGAGAUUUUUAAAAUCGCUCAGCCCUUUUUACAUUUUCUACUGAACGAGUAUAUAUAAUUUAUCUUAAUUUAAGAUAGGAUUUCACAUUUGCAAACACUGAUACCUUUUGGAAUGUUAAAGGAGAUAAUAUGGGUUUUGUGUGAUGGUGUUGUGCUAGAAAAUAUCCAUAUUCCUCCCAGAGACCUUGAGUUUCUAUUUUGGUUUAAUUUUAACCCCUAACCCUCUGGAAAUCCCAGUUUAUGCUUGUUGUUUCCUUGGCUUAUACCUUGCCAGCGCGCCAGAUGCUAUGUAGCGUCCCUUCGUAGCACAGCUCGUAAAGUAGUUGGCCUGAGACCCCCUUCCCUUUGGAAUUUUGCAUAACGCUCCAUAGAGUGGGUAUGGAUAUUUUCUGGAACCCAAAUUUUGAUGAUUUUGAACAUGGACUCAUGUUAUCCCUCACCUUUGGAUUAUAACAAUAAGGUGUAGAAAUUUCCGUGUACAGUUCUAAUUUGUUUUCAAAUUCUGUUCUCACAUACAGUGUAUCCUUGUGUUUAUGCUUGAUGGCCUGUCUGAUAAUCAAGUGAACACCUAGUAGCCCAGUUUGAAGAAUACCAUACUCUUUAAUGAGCAGUCUUAUGGUGCUUACUAGGGCCAUUUAUGCGAGGAAAAAUAAGACGCGUCUUACAUAAGACGCGUCUUAAAUAAGACGCGAACUGUACCAUUUAUACGAGCAUGUCUUAUCUAAUAAGACGCGUCUUAGCUAAGCCGCGUCUUAUUUUAGACGAAAUGUGCCGUUUAUACGGAAAGUUCGCGUCUUAUUUAAGACGCGUCUUAUUUUUCCUCGUAUAAAUGGCCCUACUGAGUUUUCCCUGAAGUCCUUUCACUGAUUUUCAUUUUAGGCCCAGUUCAAAUGUCAAAUUUCGCAUGUGCUGAAUUUAAUUCAAGAAUUAACUGCAUGUAACUAGCCAACAACGCUACGACAACGAGAACAUUGCUUAAAAAAUCUUUCAGUCUUAAUCGCGAUUAUUCCUACCCACUCACUUCGUAAAAUGUAGGCGAACCCUCCUAACGUCGAUUAAGGGACGAUAUCCAAGUCCAGAAAGAGUAAUAAAAUUUCGUCGUGGCUUGUUUACGUUCUCCAUAAAACGCGAAAUGAGGCAUUUUCACGUUGUAGUCGUACAAAAAUAGCAAAGAAAUUCACAAAAAGUGCAUGUGCUGCACGUGCAAAGUUGUUGUUUUGCUUAGUAAGCCUAUUGUUUUUGUUAAGUUUUUGUAGUGGUUGAAUCUUGAAGUUCCCUAAUUAGUAAUAAGACCUAACAAUGCACUCUAUUGUAUGGAAAAAAAUAAGUUUUAUCUCUAGUGUUUAAAAAGCUAGAUUCAAGUGGAAAUAUUUCAAUCAGUACAUCUUGAGCACAACGUUAGAUCUUGCCACCCACCAUUUUUAACGAACAGGUGUAUUAUGGUGAAAAAGUUUAUUACCACGUAAAAUAGAGUAAUACCUUAUAAAUUUAAGAGUAAUUUAAAUAUGCACACCUUUUGGGAAUAAAUUGAAUUUUAUUGAGCAAUCGUCAUCGACAACAAAUUUGUCACUCUAAAACUUAAAGUUAGCUAUCUUUUUGUAUUUUUUUUUAAUGUUAGAGGAAUUUACCCACCAGCAUUGAAAGUAAAAGUUGAAACAGGGCAGUUGAUAAGUUAAUACAUUUCCAAGUUUAUGUUUACUUAUCUUUUACACGCAUGCUUGCGUUGAUCAGUGGAUCUUGUUUUUGCUUGUUUUGGAGCUGAGAUGUAAAAAUAUAGAUUCAAAAAAAUAUUCUAUGAGUCAUUUUGAGGACGGCCGGAGAGAAACUAUCGUGCAGCAAGACGCGAUUCUAGAGAUCAUCACACAGUAGUGAGACAGCUGCUGACUGAGAUGAAAUUGCGUUUUAUUUUGCCGCUCCUCUUCGCGGUUUUCUGGGUCACAGGUAAAGUUAAACAGUUCGAAUGUUGCGCGGCUGGCUGCUUCUGUGAAAGUUCACCACGUGUGCGUUUUUUGAAAGACCUGAACCUCGGGUCCUUGAAACUUCUGUUCUGAUUAGAAAUGGACUCUUUCAAAGUACUGUCAUAAAACUAACUACAAAAUUAAACUUCCGUCUACGAUUGGCUAUUCUCUUAAAUGAGAGUGAAUCAACCAUCAGAAAAAUGCCGGCGGAAAAAAUACUCUCAUGCGUCAAACGGUAUCGACUAACAACAAGAAGGUAUAGAAUAUAUUUGCCAGGUGGAGUGUUUUCGUUUGAGCGGACUGUGAGAGAGACCCAGUAACCACACUAGACCUCAGAUCAAAUCAGUUCUAGAAAGGAACGAGUCAGGAUAAAACUUUUUUAAACUGGGUUAUUGUAAAAUUGUUCUUCUAUAAGAUUGGAAUCACUUUUACGCUUAAAUUAAGCUCAAAUGAGGAUACUCAGCUUCAUUCAAUGAAAUACCUUGGCUUGUAGCUUUACUUGAGAGUCCCAGUUUAUAUACGCACUACGUUUUCGUGCUAAUUUGUCUGCUCCGGGAGGUAAGGGACAAUUAGACUAAAAUAUAAAUCGACGGGAAAAACUACGCUGACACAAGGUCUUUAAAAAUAUGUUCCACUAAAAGGGUGAUUUUGACUGGGAAAUUUAUUCUGAAUAAAAACUACCAAUCUCAUUUCGUAUUUCAAUUCUAAGACAAAAAGCAGCUAUCUUGCCAGGGAAUCUUUUGUUUAGUUCAGCACAACGCUAGCCUAGUGCGAAAACUGUUAAUAUUUUCCCCUCAGAUCUCUUUUUAUAAUAUUUUUUAAAAAAUGACUGGGCUUUCUUUCUUACAGUUAAUACGGACAAUAAUGCCAAGAGAGAUGCUAAUGGCCCCGCAUUACUGAAAACCCUGCGAAAUAUUGAAAGAUUGCUUAAAUUUGGUAAGUAAAUUCAUGCAAAAUUAAUCUGAAUUCAAGUCCAUCCCCUGUAAGGUUUUUUGAUUUUUACAAAAAAGUAUCGUCUUUUUCAUUUUUUUCAUCUCUAAAAGGCCCGUGUCCUAGUGGCUGGACGCAUUUCAAAAGUGGUUAUUGUUACCUUGUGAGUAGCGCCAUUAAGACUUGGCACAAGGCCCAAGCGUACUGCAAAAGACUGGGAGGAGAGCUGGUAAAGAUAAACAGCAACGAAGAAAACGAAUUUGUAUUAAAGCUGGUCCACCAACACGAGCCAUCGUUGAAACAGGUUUGGAUCGGACUUAAGUGGGUCACAAGCCACUUUAUCUGGUCUGACGAUUCGGUUCCGAAUUACACGAAAUGGUGGCUAGGCGAACCGAAUGGAAAAGCCAGUGAACCAUGCAGCAACAUGUGGAUUAAACAUCCAACCGCCCCAGUUAAUGGGUACUGGAAUGACCUCUCCUGUUGGAAUCCAGCGCACCCUUGUGGUCUAGUCUGUAAGAAGCUGCCCUAGGCUGCAUCCAUUAUCAAACUCGGAGUGUAGUGGCGUGAUUCAGUAACCUAACUUUAUAUAGACGUAACCACUGAUAAGCGGCAAGACAGCACACAACAGUUAGGUGCGUAGAUGUAAAAUCGGCUUGAAAAUAAAAAAAUAAUUCUACUUAUCUGUUUUCCAAUUUUUUGGAUGUCAUGUAUUUAAACACCAUUUAUGGGAUUCAGUUAACAAAUUGAACAUGUGUGGAGGAGUCUCCUUUUAAAUCGAUUUGAGAUUAUUGCACAUGAAGAUUUCAUGUACAUUGUCAUAGACUUAAGAACAGGGCUACGGAUGCAAAGUGAAUGAUGGAGCAGUUCAUAAAAGGUCGCAUGAAAGUUUUUGCUAAAGAUGUCAUAACGACUUUUCAAGGAUGAGAGGACAUACAUCGCCAUGAAAGUACUACUAAAAAGGGUUUUAAAAAUGAAAAUUCGAAUAAUAUCUCAUAUCUCUGGAAUCAAAUUUUAUAAACUAAUACUAAGCAGACAGACUUUUAACAACUAUGAGGACCCGACUAGGAAAGAAAGUGGAGGUAAAAUUCAACCCCAAACUUUGCCUGUCUGUUUAUUUCUUUCCAAACUGAACAAUACACCAGAAUAUUUCAAGAAUGACAAAUGUUUAACGAUGACUAUUAGUCGUACGUACAAGUUGUGAAUCUAGUCAUCGCCAUCAUCACUUAAAAAUUCAAGAUCGCUCGAGGCGCUGUAAGUUCUGUUUAAUUCUUGCGUUGGUGGUGGCACAGGUGCACCAAGCAUGGUACCAUAAGUAGACAUUCCAUUACCAUACAUGGACAUAUCACCGUAUGCACCCAGGCUGGAAGACUGGGGAUGACUUGACGUAACAGGUGCAAUAUCGAAAACUGGAUCAGUGGUUGGAUAGUACACCGGCUCUAUAACCUGUUUUUGUACUGUGUAUACAGGCUUUUCAAUCACCACAUGAGUUGUGACUUUGGGCUCCUUCUUGACUUCGCUUUUUUCUUUCUUGGGACUGUAACCAAAGUACAGGACAGUAAGUAAACUCUCUUGUUCAGGGGCACUUUCACAAAGGUUUUUUUUUAAAACUACACUCGAGUUAUAAUAUAGAACAGUGCGUAAGGAAAACAAUGACCUUUGAACAGUGCAAAACCACCAGCAGCCACAUCAUAAAGCGAUCAUGUUGUUUAAAAAAAUAAUACGAAUUUUUGCGCUAAAUGUGAAGGAAAAAACGUUUGCUUCUUAGCAGAGAUAAACACUCGUUUGUUUUUUUCGUCAUCCAACGAAAACAGUUUCUUUUGAGGGCUCCUGUAGGGGUAGCAUUAUCUUUAUCAUUACUCAAAUGACGUCACUCUCCUUAACCCUUUAACUCCUAAUAGCUGGCAAGAAAAAAGUCGCAAAAAAAUUCAAAUUCCUUCUUGUAAAAUCCAAAGAACUGAAAAGUGAUUUUCAAACAUUCUUAACACCAUAGGAUUUCGUUCAGAGUUUAAAAAGUUGGAAUGACAAGUCUGGUCAUCACGUGGUGUUGGACGGAAAGAGACAACCUGAAGACAUCAGAUACACGUAUGAUUAGGAUUCGGGGCCGAAUGGGAUUCAUCCUCCUUAUGAUAAACAUCAUGAAGUGUCCCCUAGUCCCAAUCCUCACUUAAACGUAAACAAUUCUGUCUACAUGAAGUCAUAUGGAAAUUACAAAUAAUAAUUUGUGUGUAUUGUAUGAAGUAACUGAGUUCCGAGUUUUCCUACAUUUCCGAACAUGCGUGGAAAGAACACGGCAUUACCUGCUGCUUUCAGAAAGUAUGUCAACUUACCGCUUUUUAGUUGCUGCCCUUCUAAUCAGGCAAACAAUAAACACCAGAAGUAAAAUGACAAUGGGACCCAAGACACUUGGUACAACGUACCAUUCGCCAGUAAAAUCCCCGCUGAAUACCUUAAGGUAUUUGUAGUCAAUAAUACCCCAUAACUUGACAGGCUCUGAAAUGAAAAAUAAUAAAAAAAAACUAUUGUCUUUUUUUUUAAGGUAGAGUAGCAUGCUACAGGUUUCGUGAAAGGAAGGACGAAACUGGUUUUUCGAUUAAUUAUUAUUAACAGAUCUCUAUUGACGAUAAAUUCGUCUAGGGUAAGAGAACAAAUAAUACAUCGUAGUAGGAGAAUUGAAGAAGUGGCAGAGGGAGGCUCACUUGUCAACUAGUGUCGACUCCUUGAGUUCCCACUUGGAAUAAACAGUGUCUAUAGCUAGCAGUGAAGGUUGAAUUGUUUAAGCUGUUAUACAGAGAAGAGAAACAUGCAACUAAGCAAGACUUGACACAAUGUAUAAAGUUUUGAUAUGUGAACUUUAAAGGUCAUCGACUUGAUGGACCUUUAUCCUCUCCUGAGGGAAGACACACACAGACCAGGCUGA